AUGUUUAAUGAACACUGUAACGAAGAAAACAACUCUACGUGGACAUGUAACUUUAUACCAAGAGUUGUUCCCGAGCAAUAUAUACAUGUCCGUAUUGUAGACUUUAAGAGAAACGACAAAAGUGUUAUAGUCAACAGUUCUAGUUUUGCUGAUGAAAGUUGGUCAAAAGUUCAAAGUCUGAUGUUCAAUGACACGACUGGAAAGAAUUUGUCAUGUACGUUUUUACGUGGAUGUUUUAUGGGAUUGACAUCAUUGACUGGACUGAGAAUUCACAUGAGUUCUUUUGAGUUUGGACGAGGCGUGUUUGAUGGAUUACCUUCAGUACACACCUUGGAUAUGAGCAGGUGUUACCGUCUAUUUUUAGAGGAUCUUACUGAACAACUAAAAGUACCAAAUACGCUACCUAAUUUGCAGACUCUUAUUCUUUCUGAACUAGGUUCUUAUGUCAAACGUAACAACAUAAAUCUAACAGUCGUUGAAUCUCUUUUACCCAGAAAUAUAACAUAUAUUGACGUGAGCAAAACUCAAAUAUCAUUUGCUAAUUUGACAGCGAUAUUUAAAUUUCUGAAAACACUGGAACGUUUAAAUGUAUCAUAUUCAACAAUCGCAGAUACAUGGAGUAACGAUAUCACACAGGAAGAUAUGUCACAUGUAAAAGUUAUUGACAUGAGUCACGCAACCUUGCCGGCAAAAGUAAUUCCACUUUUCCCCGGAAAAUAUGUCGUUGCAAACCUGACAUUCAAUUAUUCCGAGGCGAGAAAUUUAGACCAGCUUAAGAAUAUCCUUACUCCUUUAGUCUUUAAUAUGAGUGGAAUUCUUCCUGACCCCUCGUCCGGGUGGAUCUAUAAUUGCACUGUUACGAUUGAUGAAAAUUUACAAUGGAAUUCAAAGCAACUGAUUCUAAGUAAAAACAAUAUAAAGUACCUUGAUGCUGUUGUUAGAUGUUCCAACUUUAAAUUUUUAUCUCUUGUCGAUCUAGAUUUGUCAGAUAAUGGACUGCAAAUGUUACAACCAACCUCUUGUGUGCCGAAUUUAGAAAGAAUUGACUUAUCCAAAAAUAACUUAUUUAUGAUGUUACAAAAGGAACCAGACCUGUUUGAAGAUUUGCUCACUACUCAAACUAAACUACGGUUUAUCAACCUAGCAAAUAAUCAACUUUCAAAGGCACCCUCAAAAUUGUUCAAAACCUGUAAAAAUGUUGAAAUUAUUGAUCUCGCCUACAACAAGCUUGAGCAAUUACAUUUCGAUCUAAUUGACUUACAUCAUCUCCGUGUUCUUGAUGUUAGUCAUAACAAAAUUAAGGUACUUGAUGAGGUUUCCAUCAACAAUCUGAAAGGAAUUCCAUGCGCAAAGGCACUGACGUCUGGAGAAAAGCAAUGUUCAGUCGUCUUCACAUCCAAUCCGAUCAGGUGUUCAACAUGUGUCAAUAAAUCUUUCAUUAAAUGGCUUGUUAAUUCAAAGAAGGUCGAUGCGAAAACCCAAGGCCUUUCUUGCACAAGUGAAGAUGGCACAAAUGUAAACGUUGACGUGUCUGUUGUAAGAAAAGUUCAAAAUAUUUGUAAUAGAAAAACAAUUAUUAUUGUUUCGAGUGUUUCCACGUGUGUUACUUUACUAGCAAUCACUAUAGUAUUGUUAUUUUUGUAUAGGCGAAAAAGAAGGCUCCAGAGAAAGCGAAACAGGGAGAAUGUAAAAAACUUGUUAAUCGAAGGUGAAGGACAAUACGAGUUUGUUGUUUUUCUUUCAUACAGCAGUAGAGAUGAUCAGUUUGUACAGGAAAACGUGAUUGAUCAACUCAACGAGAAUCUUCAGUUGAUGACCGGGAUAGAUCGGAAUCUUGUCUGCACGGGAGACCAGCAUUUGCGUCCUGGCUUCAUUGUGCACGAUGAGAUCAUCAAUUGCCUAGACAGAUCUUCAGUGAUCAUUAUUGUGGUGUCCAAUAACUUUUGCCGCAGUUCGUAUUGUCAAAAUGAGUUUGAUCAGGCAUAUAUGCAGAGGAAACCAAUAGUUCUGAUGUUGAUGGAACAUGUGGAGGAGGAACUAAUGAUGCCUACACUUAGGCAACUAUACAAGAGGGAUGUUCGGAUUUUGUGGACAUCUGAAAAUGGACAGUUUGUACUGAAAACGACAUGGAAAAAUGUGUGCAGAUCAGUUCUGGAUAAAGUUCAGGUUUAG